AUGGCUACAGACAAUGGUGUGGAUGCCGCGCUUGCCCUCAUCCCAUACACAGGCGAUGCUACACCGGCCGCCGGGGGCAACCUCGUGCCCGAAGAUGUGGUAAUGGGAUCUGAAGGCGUCACGGCAUACUUCCAGUUCAUUCAGAACAACGUUCACCAGAUUGCUUCAGGAAAUGAGGAAGCCGUUCGCUUCAAAGCAGAGCAAAGGCAUCGUGAGAUCACGCAAACUACAAUUCAAGCCUUAGGUUCGCAAUGUAGAGUUGCUAUUGAUCAGGCGAGAGAAGUCUGCAACAAACAGAUCCUGGCCAUGCAAGGUCGGAUCAACUUGUUAGAAGGACAACUGGCUGAAAGUCAGGCCAAGGUUGCCAGUGCAGACAGCCUACAUCAAAAGAGGAUGUUAGAGCAGAAGGCAGAAGCGGAGAAACUUCACCUACAGAAGAUGAACGCGAAGAUGAGUGAGCUGGAGUCUAUGUUCGAAAAGAUGGUAGAGGACGCGUCUAACAAAGCUAGAGCACUCCUUGAAGAAGAACGUAGGCAACACCAAAUCAUGGAGACCGAGUGGGCCGAGCAGAAAGAACGUCUUGAACAGGAAUUGCGUAAGGCAUCAGAAACCAACGCGCUACUGCAAGACCAACUUGAUGGAAUGAUUCCGGCGCACGAGGCUGAAGCGCCGCAACACCUGCCAGGUACGGCAGCACCAGUGAAGUCCGAGCCAGCAGGCCGCGAGGCUUUGCCCCAACCGGUAGAAAUCGACUGGAAGGCGAGGCUAGAUGCAAAGUUCGCUCAGAAACUCGGUGAUUUCUAUCCAUCAAGAACGACUGCAACAGCACCACAUCCCGCAGCGUUGGAGCCUGCCCAAGGUAAGGACGAACAGUUUGUCGAUGCUCGUGAAACGGCCGACGAACGGAUGUCUCAUGCUGGCGAUGGAGGAGUCGAUGGCAAAGUCCCGGUCCGCAAGCUUUUAGCUUUGCCCGGCGUUUCAAAGUCCAUCAGAGAUGAAGAAGAGGGAAUUGAUGAAGGUGUGAACCCAGAUGACGAGGAGGUAGUAGCGGUGAGGAGCAAAAAGUCAGCCGACCUCAUCGUCGAAGCCCAAUCGUCCAAGCACCAAUUUCUUCACUUUCCCAAGAAUCCAUUCUGUCGUACGUGCCAAACGGCGCGUAUGCUUGCGCCAUAUGCUAGGUCCAAAGGCGGACAAGCAAGGGUUGACACGACUCGGUUCGGAGACCACAUCAUUGCCGAUCACGUGCUCAUCAAAGCAAACGUAGAAGAAGGCAUAAAAGGUGAGAAGGUCGCGUUGGUCAUCAAAGACAUUCAUACGCAGUUCCGGUAUGUGUACCCAAGCCAAUCUCGAUUUGCCGAAGACUGCACCUUUGCCAUCAAUCACUUCGUCAACGGAAAGGAUGAUGUUGAGGUGAUCUACACGGACAAUAGUCGGGAAUUGAAGGCCGCUAUUAAGGAACUUGGCUAUAGGCAUCAAACAUCGAUAGAGUACGUGGACUCCAGCAAAUCGUUCGUGGAACGCGAGAUACGACAAAUGCUGGAAGGAGCUCGAUCCAACCUUGUCCAAGCAGGGAUGCCUUUGUGCAUGUGGCCGAUGGCGAUGCAGCAUUUUGCCAUAGCUGUCAAUGCCAACCCGCAGUUGUCAGGGGGGGAAAGCCCAUGGUCGUUGAGGUUCGGUUCGGAGUUCGACGGAAUGUGCAUUCCUUUCGGUGCCAAAGUGUUAUUUUGGAAUAACCCGGAUAGGGCAGACAACACCGCCGGCAAGCUUUCACCAACCUCAAAUGAAGGCUUAUUUUUGGGAUAUCGCACUCAGCCAGGUUUUGUGUGGAGAGGGGAAUAUCUUGUCACGAAGCUUGAAGCCAUUGACUAUCAUUUGGAGCAUGGCAGCGUUGUCAUUCAACGCACCAAGGGAUUGGAGUUGCCCUCUGAAACCCAUGUGUUUCCGUUGAAAGCAAAAGCAGACAGCCUUGAGCCACCUCCAGAACCAAUAGCUGAUCGUGUGAUCCCUCCUGUACCUGAUCCGAUCAUUCCACAACAGUCUGAGUUAGAGUACACACCAUCCAUGGCACCAGACCCCGUAGAGGAACCUGCCCAGGAGAAGGAGCCACCUGUUGACGUCGAGAUGAAGAAGUCCAGUGCUGAGCCUCGUGAACCUGGAGAGAUGAUGCCCGACGGGUCUAUUGUGCCGGAUGGUUACCACUAUGACGGAGUAAGGCUUGUAAAGACCUACAAAGUCAUCUGGUAG